GGUGAGGGAGCCAGGGCGCUGGGCGUGUCUGUGAUAGGCGGACGCGACGGAGGCCAGUGACGACCCGACGAGACGACUCAAGAGGACCGACUCACUUGGUUGGGCAAACUGUCAGACCACGCGAUUGCACUCGCCCUUACGCACAGACGCACAGACGCACAGACCCAAGUGGUGUGGCCGCCGUUCCGGUGGCAGCGGAACCGACAUACAGACCGAGAGACGGAGGGACGAAGGGACAGAGGGACAGAGGUACAGAGGGACAGAGGGAUGGAGGGAGGAAAGGACGAACGGGUCAAAGACUCGAUGCUUACAUGCAGGGGCAGAGGGCAGCCUCUUGACCAUCUUCAACUUGCCACUGGCUACUACCGACCGCCUCUUUCACCUCCUCUCUUCUUCAUCCGUCCACCGGCAACCGGCCACCGACGUCCGACUCGCUUCCAGUCGGCCGGCUCUGCUGUGUCAUUCUCGAGUCUGGCGCGGCGGACGGGGCUCGACUUGAGUCGAGAUGUGUCUGCUCGGCUCGGCCACGUUCUGUUGAGCUGA